AUGUCUCUGCGGCCGAGCUUCCGAACCGCUUGCAGGGCGCUCGCGCUGCGCUCCCGGCCGCUGGCCGCCGCCCCUCGGCAGGAACCCUUCGCCUGGGCCACCACGAGACGAGGAUAUGCGGACGAGCCCAGCCAGAUCCCCCCGUUGAGAAAACCAGACGCCGCUGCUGCGUCUGAGGCUCCCCCGGUGCCGGCCUCCGCGGCGGCCAAUGCCCAGUCUGCGGCAGGACAGCAGGCGGACGAGAAGCCGGAGGAGCAAUGGUCACCACAGGAGGCGGCUGCCGCGCGCGAAGAGCUCGCCAAGGCGGCGGCGCCCACAGAAAUCCCCGGUGGCCUGACGGAGGCCCAGAUGGAUGCGCUGUACGAGGAGGGUGCUAUUCCCCCGCAGAAUGCGAACGGCGACCCCCAGCGCCAACUCGAGAUUCUUGCCUCCGGAGGCAUUGUCGCGGAUUUGGAGGAGACGAACCGGCUGGAAAUCAGCAAGCCUAAGCCUGCGGCGCAUGUGGGACACAAGUUCCCGCUGCCGGUAUUGCCUCUGCCGCCGCACAGCCAUCUCAAGUCGCGGUACCACCCGAUGAUUGACCAAUUGACGAACCUUAUGAUGAGAGAUGGAAAGAAGUCUCUGGCACAAAGAAACAUGGCCAUGGUCCUCAACUUCCUCCGACAAUCCCCUCCCCCGAUUCUCAACCCCCGAUUCCCGCUCCUCCCCGGCGCGCCGCCGGCGCCGCACCUCCCGUUGAACCCCGUGCUAUACAUCACCCUAGCCGUCGACUCGGUCGCGCCCUUGAUCAAGAUCCGUCGCAUCCCGGGUGGUGCCGGUGGUGGUCGUCCCCUCGAACUUCCCGCACCGCUCGCGGUCCGUCAGAGGAGACGUGCGGCAUUCGCUUGGAUCCUGGACGUCGUCAACAAGAAGCCGUCCAAGGGCUCCGGCCGAACCCAGUUCGCGCACAGGCUGGCAGAGGAGAUCAUUGCCGUCGUCGAGGGACGGUCGCCCGUGUGGGAGAAGCGCCUUGGGCUGCACAAGCUCGGCACGGCGACCCGUGCCAACUUGAAUGUGAAGCCGGUCAGCGCCAAGGGCAGAAAUUAG